AUGCCAGAAGCCAGAGUGAGUAAAGAAGGGAGUAUCACUAAUGUGUUCCUGGCUGGAGCUCUGGAGACUGAGGAGGAGUACAGCAAGAGCUCUGUGGCUGCAGCCUUGCAGAGCAGCCUGGCUGGGCACCAGGAGCAGGAGAUGAGAGCUAACAGUGUCUGGUGCCGCUCGCUGAUGUGGAGGAGGGAGCAGGAAUCACCCCUGGCACUGCAGCAGACCUUGGUACCAGGCAUUCAGAGGAUGCUCAGAAGGCAGGGCAGUCCCCGGGGCCUUCUGGAGACUGAACUGGACGUUCACUCCAGUCAUCUUGCAUCCUUCGCACCAGGCCACGGUCAUGAGCCGCGACAAGUGGAGCCCCGUGUGAGGAGUAAGUUGGUGCAACUCCACACAGAGGACCCAUCUUCCAUCGCCUGGAAGAGGAGCAGCAGCAUCCAACGUCACAUCCUGGCUGUAACGAUGUCGUUGAAGCCAUCCCCCAGCCCAGUGCGUGAAACACCCAGUCCUUGCCCACAUCGCGGUUUCCUGGCUCCUGAGUCUCAGCAGCCGGUGGGAUUUACGGAGCCCGGAGAGGACAUUCACCUCCCCUUGAUGACAUCUCCAUGAGUCUUUGCUAGCAGUCAGCUGGGCCAAGGAAGUGUGCAAGUGACAAAUCCAACAGCAUGGACAGCAGCAACAAACUUCAGAAGAGCCUUCAAGAUUCUUGGGGUGAGUCUAUUUGCUACCAGAAUUCAGACUUUGCCUCGCAGGGUUCUCUACUGGGACUACGGGGGUGCCUCCCCACGUCCCGCCUUCCUUGGGAAGCUGAGAGGGAGAAGCCACUCUGGCCAGCGCAGGUCUCCAUUGCUGCCGCAUCCCUCACAGCACAGAGCUUUAGCAGAAACCUCGGUCCUGUCUCUGGCCCGGGGACAAGCUGAGGUUUGUACAGAGGCGAAGUCACAUUCGAACGAGCACUGGCGGUGCGCUGCAAUGGAUGCAAGUACUGAAGAGCAGCGCGGGAGGCUGUGCCUAAAAAGCAGCCUGGGAAUGAAUGUUCUUAGUUGUAUCUUUUCCAUCAUUGGAGUGAUCCUGCUGCUGCUGGAUCUGUGUAUCAAAAGCCAUGAUCAACAACUCGCCUGGCCGUUGAGUAAGAACUGGGUGAAGGAAAAUGGCGGUGACAGGACGUUCAGCUUUACUAGAGACGCACAGAGAGUGAGGGAAAGCAAAGUGAAGCGUGUGGCUGAGUGUGCUCAGCACAGAGGCAUCUUUUCGUCGGUGCCAUUUGGACUGAGCAAGGACUCUGACCCUGGAGUUUAUGGAAAAGGAAUCUCAGCCAUGGUGAUGUUCUUCUCUCUCUUGGAGUUAUGCAUAGCUUCUGGCACUGCCCAUGCUGCCACCCAGGCCAUCAGGAACCCCAGCAGGUCUGCCCAGCUUAUUCCAAACAACCCUGUGAUGCAGGAGUCCACUCCAGCUCCUCCCAGAAGUGACAGCCACCACAGAUAUUAAACAAAAAAGGGCUCUGUGAACUAGCAUCAAGUAGAACUACUAUGCAGAAACUUCUUGAAAGCCGACUCGUCUUCCACA